AUGGAGCGAUCUAUGUACACAGAUCACGAGCUUCGUGUAACCACUGAACGCAAUCGAAAAUACCGAGGAACAGCUCGCAUCAACUUGAAACAGAUUUUCCUUCACCCCUCUAUCUGUCGGUCCUUGGAUCCUAGGAAUGUCGAUAGACUAUGCGAGAUCUUCAGCAAAGAAGGCUGUCGACGAUUAGAAGUUGCUAAUCAUGUCACUGCCGUUGUAUCGAAUGACAAUCUCAAUGCUGCGCUUCAAAAAGCGGGAGUGAGCGCGGCGCUACUGAUGAGCGGAACACCCGAUAAAUAUCCUCUACUGCCUUUCUCUAGCGGGCAAGUAAAGUGCCUCCACGGCCAGCAUCGUCUGAAGGCCGGCGAAGAGUUUCUGUCGGAAUGCGAUCAAUGGUGGACAGUGGAUUUAUACUUAGAUGGUUCGCAUAUAAGCCAUUCGCUUCAAGCAACGCUCAUUGAAGAAUACUGUAAUGAGAAGAUCCCGACGGACGGCGAGAUAUAUCGCAAAAUCCGACAGUAUCAAUACGAAGCAAAUGCGCAUUUUGAAAAAAGAUGGAAGGCGCGUCUAUCGCCGAACAAAUUGAAACGAUUUAAUCAACUUAAAUCCCACGACGACGUCCGUGCCGCUUUGAAUUCUCUUUUGGCAUUACCGGCACUACUAGACCAAGGCUUAAAGCUCUGCUCAGUCUCCCGAGCAUUGGCGAUUGGGUGCGACGAGGAAUUAGUCAAUGGUUUGAACGAUUUGUAUGAAUAUUGGGCGUCUUUGGUGAAGUACAAGCGUUCAAAGAUGUUAAAGUUUGAUACCCAUUCGAUACAAGCUUUGCAGCUCCUGGGUCCAGGGGUCUCAAACAAAGACAGAAAAACUGCGAAGGGGCUUGUUCUUGGCGGUGAAGCCUUCCCGAGAUUCACUUCGGCUGAGCGUGCCUCGAUCUGGAAGAAAAUGAAAUCCAGAAAACGGAUUAUCCCAUCGCUCCAUACCUUUUUUUAUGAUGUCUGGUAUCUGGAGUCUUGUGCAAAUUGCUUGAAACGAGUAGUUUCAUUGAACCAAAACCAAUCAACUGUCAAGCGCGCGAUGCGAAAUGCUUUUUCGCGACCACUUUGUGACAAAAAGGGUUGCUUAAUUCAAACCUCCGAAACGAAAUUCCGGCGAGACAAGAGUUGCGAAACCGACCGUGCAGAAAUCGCUUAUCGACAAAUUUGGCUCUAUGCUAUGCGUCAUUACCUGGAACUGACUAAAGAGCCCAAAAAUAAGGAUGGCGUGGUGAAAAGCUGCGAAAAGGCAGAUCAAAAAGUCCUUUACGACAUGGCUAUUCUAGCUCAUAAGGUUGGUUUUCGGUCUGAACAGAUCGCCAAUCUGUUGAAACAGUCCCCCGAUCGGCAAAUCGCACGCGAAGCCCUUUUAAAAGCAAGGAAGCCUGAACAAUUCCAGUAUAACGGUUUUGAUUCCAUUGUGGAUCGUGUUGCGGAGUACUUCAACCAAGCUUCACCGCUUGAUUGCGAGCCCGAGGAAGAGUUCAUUGAUGAUAGAGAAUUACAAAUCAAGUCUCGAUGUGGGAAGCCCGCAACCAAAGUUCAGAGGCAAGACCGUCGAUUCCUCUUCGUCGACCAACUCCAUAGUGCAUGGCCAUCGACUAUCAACAAGGUUUCUUCGCUGUUUGUGAGACAGUGUGUUUACUACAAAUUCUUCGGUGAAUUGCAACCCACUUUGUCAGGGCAUGGUAGGGAUCGGGAUUCUAUUUCGCCGCUAUUUGUACCCAGGGAAGGACCUCGGCCAAGCGACCGAUUCAGCGAAGCCGAGAUAUCCCGGCAUCAAGCAUACUUGGAGGAAGGGUACCAAAAAAAGCAUAAUACGGCAGAAAAACACAGACGUCGACAUCGGCAAGAAAAGCAGACAGAAAGGGCGCAAAAUCGAAAGCAUGAGCGUAGGAUGAACCCGCUGGUUCGUUCUCGUCAUGAAGGAUUGGAACGUCCUGUGUCCCUUACUGCUUCUGAAAGUAUUUACGGCGCAGGCGAUGAUUCGCGUUCAAUGGAUGGGUCAUCGAUAUUUGCAGAAAAUGAGGGAUCCCAGUUCAGUUCAAUCGAACGCCCGCAGCAAACCUCCGAACUCGAUCUGAAUGACGACACUGAGAUGUCGUCAGUCGCCGAAAUCAGCUUUCAGGGCCGUUUAGAUCAUGAAUCUCAACAUGAAGACUUGCGAAUGUCUAUCGACACUUUACAGGAGCAGCCGCAACCUCAAGACAGCCCACUCGUGUUGGCAACAAGUGCCGAGCAAGACCACCUAGAAGAGAACUCAGUAAACAUGAGCCAUCAGCCCGAGGGCGAUGUGGCCAUGAGUGAUGCAUUGGAUGGCGCAGGUGCAGGCAACAUUGAAAGAAUUGAAUCUGGAGAAGACCAAAUCCAGUAUGUUACGGAACACAGGCGGUCCGUACCACAUACUGGUAGAUAUUCUGGUAACAGCGUCCAAAGGAGUCGAAGUCCCUACAUUCGCUCACAGCGGGAUAAAGAGAUGAGAUACAACGCCCGAAGGAGUCGAAGUCCUGACAAUUGGGCGCCACGAAAUUAUGGUUUACGAAGCGAUGCCCGACAAAAUUGGAGUUCAUAUGACAGGACACAGCCGAGAAAGCAAAAAGACUGUUCUGUUCUUGAUGACCUGCAAGAGACAUUGGACCAGGAGAUCGACAAUUUAUCACAUCAAAAGGAACCACCCGGACAGGAACGCCAAACCAGACCAGUGACGCAAAUCAACUUUGGAGAGACGCAUGUCCAGCCACAGGAUAUACAAGAUUAUCAAGACUAUGGCUUGAAAGGCCGAGAAGAUCGGGGUGGAUCCGAACGGAAUCUGUCUCCCUGGGAUGCAACUCUUACGACUUCUGCGGGGAUUUUCGACGCUGGAAAAGGUGAUUCUCUCGGAUCCCAGGACUCCUUGUUGCGUCGAAGUCAUGAUGCGGAGCAAGCAGCCGAGCCGAGUACCAUUCAAAUGCCAGCCGAUGGCUUCCUAGCAAAUCAAGCAUAUCCGGCGGCAGAGGGCCGGACCAGUUUGUCGGAAAACCUAGAAAGCGUAUCUUCGCAGAUCCAAGCUGAAACCUUGUCGCAAGCCUCUGGACAUGUCGGACAUAAUUCAAAGCGAGACGGAUUGAUUUUCCCUCAGUCAGCAUCUGAGCAGCAAUUGGUGGGUGCAGUACCAGGAAGCCUUCCAUCCAUCAUUCUAGCUACUACAGAGGCCGCUGGGGCAAGGCAAAGCCACAGUGGACCUACGGACGCCUCAAAAGCAUUACCGGGUGGCCGACCAAGUGAAAGACAGGGCAUCGAGGAACGACCACUUCGGGUAAUCUCUGAGCACGUUGACGUACCCCAACAAACUAGCACGGUCGAACUUGAAACGCGCGAUAACCCACCAACAGAGCCACACGCAGAGACAUACCCCCCAAAAAACACUUCGAAUGAACUCAAAAGGUCUUUUGCGUCACGUGGGUACAGCAAACAAUACCAACAACGCCCUGAGGGCGAAACCAAGAAGCCAAGGGCGAUCAAAGAAAUGAGAAAGGCAAGGGCAAUCACGCGAAUUGACUUCGAAGAAUGGGCGGGACAAACUGCUACAUCAGAACAAGAGCCCAGGGAGUCGCAAGGAGGGGUUGGAACACCACAUGACUCGCUGGCUGCGGUGCAUUACCAGAAUUCGGCUUUUGUAAAUGAUGGAGGCCGAAAUGAAAGGCAGAAAGCCGUCUAUGCGCGUCUUGAACAAGAACCCCAUGCUCAAGCUGAUCCACGCGAUGAACGAGAGGAUACUUCGAAGAUACAAAUUGUUUUCCGGGGAAGAGAUGCCCGUGGUGGAUUUAAGGAAGUGCAUAUGAUGGUCGAUCCGUCUGAUCCGGCACCAGUAAUCAGCUUCUCCAAGGACCUAGCGCGGAAUUAUGAGGCAACAUUUUAUGAUCAAAACCUCCGCCAGAUUGCUCCUGGGAUGUGCUUCGAAGCGGCCGUCCAGAGUGACACAAACACCGUUUUUGUGGCAAUUGGGCGCAAUUUCUCUGCCAGUGAAGAGAAUGUGAAAUUUGUUUCACGUGCUCUGGGGGAAGGUGAUGGUAACGAAGCUUACGAUGAUGGUAUUUCAUAG